UUGAUUUUGAAGGAGCGUCUCGACUUCUCGUGUGCGUUGUUCGGUCCGGAUGGCGGUUUAAUCGCUAAUGCACCUCAUAUUCCUGUUCAUUUAGGCGGCAUGCAAGCAACGGUGCGAUUUCAAAUCGAGCAUUUGGGUUUUGAGGGGAUGCGUGACGACGAUGUGAUUUUGUGUAAUCAUCCAAGAGCUGGUGGCUCUCAUCUGCCUGACUUGACCGUUAUCACACCGGUUUAUUACAAGGGCUCAAAAAGGCCCGUAUUUUUUGUCGCGAAUCGAGGUCAUCACGCAGACAUCGGUGGUCUAGUGCCCGGAUCGAUGCCACCUCAUUCGACCAUUAUGCUUGGUCAUAUUCAGUCGUAA